UUUACUGUCAUGUCCGUGAAGACAGCCGCGAAAUUUCAUGUGACGCCUGCUAUAAAACUCACUGGAGAUCAGCUCAUAUCAGUGGUUGCCGUCGCUCUUCACCAUGUUUCUUUCAUCGAAAGCGAAUGUUGCUGCUCGCAUUCCGAUGAUAAAAUUUAUUGGAGCUCGACUGCCAAGACCAAAUUUCGCAAAAGUAGCUUCCGGUCCAAUCCCCUCAGCUCCAACUGCUGCAGCAGCUCCAGCUAAGCCUUCUGCGGGAUCUAUUGGGCGAACUCCUCGAGGAUCAGGCAUUCCCGAAGAAAAUCUUCCACCUUACUACCGUCGACCACCGAUCAGUCAAGAGGAGUGCGAUGCUAUUAAUGCUGGAGGAUCAUAUGGACUAAUCUUAGUGCAGUAUAAUAUUGUGAUGCUUAUGUACCGAUGCUUGGAUAUGACUAAUAAAUCAUCUGAUUUGGAAAUUUUUUCACUUUUGUCAAGGGAUGUUUAUCCAUAA